GUGAUAAGUGGGUCAAAAACCUGUGGGACUUUGAAGUAAAUGCUGAGUAAUUGAAUGCCAUUGUAACAAUGGAAACAUGGAAACAUGGGAAAACAAAUGUAUAUUUGGGCCGAAGACUUUGAAGAAAAAGGAAGUUCAAGACGACUUCCAUUUGUUCAUCAAAUUACCGUGACAUGUACUCUAUAAGCAAAGGAAGUCCAAGACAAUUUCCAGUGAUUCAUCAAUACAAAAUGAUAUCUUUCUCAUACAUUAAUAAAAAUGGACAGGCCAAUCAUCACGUGUCUCUGACGUCAGCCGGUUUGGCUAUUUCAGACUAACCUAAGAACAGACACCACAAGGAUGCAGAAGUGUAGUUUAUUUCACGGGCUCGAUCAUCUUAGGUUCUAUAAUUGACUCCCAUCUCUUUUGUAAAUAUCUUUUUUUUUCAACAUUUGUCAUAAAAGUCACCAAAGAAGAUAUCAGAGAUGAGAAGUCACUUUUCCCACGUCCCUAGAUGUCUGUUUGAGGCUAUAUUUUGAGCCUAUAAAAGUCAUAGUAGGGUGCGGCUGGGCAGAUUGCUGCAAGGCGACUAGAGGGGAGCGGUCUGGAUAAACAAUUUGAAGACAACCAACAACGAGCAAGCUUGUAAGUACGAUGGGUCUCACGUCCGAAGACAAGAGCGCAGUUUUGGAUUCCUGGGCCAAGAUGUCUGGUCCCACAUUCCAAGACGCGGGUGAAAAGGUCUUCUUACUUCUCUUGAAGACCGACUCCACAAAGGCUUUGUUCCCGAAGUUCCGCGAUAUCCCGUACGACCAGCUGGCCGGCCAUCCCGAUGUCCGUGACCAUGGUGGAAAGGUGAUGCAGGUAUUGGAUGACUUCAUCAAAGGCCUGGAUAACGGAGGCGACGGCGCCGUCCAGAAGGUGGGGCUCCUGCACAAGGGAGUGGGCGUGUCUCAUGACAACAUCAACCUGAUGAAGCCAGUGCUGAUGACCCUACUGGGAGAGCUGGGGUGCAGCAGUGCGGCAGGAGCCUGGGAGAACCUGUGGGCUCGCUUCAUGGAUGUGCACCGCACCUGCUACUGAACACCACUGAACCAAAAGGCACAUUUAACGUUGUUACCUGAAACUUGUUCAGGCUCUCGGCGUUCAAAUCAUUGAGUAAACCUGUGACCGCUGCUGGAUUUAGAGGUUACUAUCUAGUGACAUGCAAGGUUAGAUAUAGAUUGCUACCAUUGAUUAAUGUAAUAAGAGUCAGAGGUGUCAUGGCAAUUAUAUUUUGAUUGUCGGAUUGUGAACUGGUCAGAUCAGAUAGGACUACUCCAGUGGUCUCCUGUAAUAAGUCAUGACUUGUCACGUUUGCAAACGACGCUUUACAAUGAGAUCACUAGAAGAAGAUGUAUUCUUCUACUAGAUGAAAUGACUACAAUUUUGCUGUAGGUUUAAAGGAAACCGGAAAAGAAAUCCUAUCAGGACUUUUCUGGUGCAUAUUGAAAAUAGAAAGGAGAUAAAGAAAUGAUUAGCACGUCUGUUGAGAUUAGCAAUAUCAGUCCGCUGUGCCGUAUGUCAGCCUUUCAUGUAUUAUCAUGUCUAGAUGGACAAAUCGUAUUUUACAGCUAUUAAAUAAACUUGACUGGAGUAACCAU